AAUAUCAGGAUAGACCUACCAACAUAUCAAUAUGGAUAAGUUCCGUAUGAUGGCCCAGAUCCUCCAGACCAACCAAGAGUCUUUUAUGAACGGCAUGUGUGGCGUCAUGGCCCUGGCUAGUGCUCAGCUCUACGCGUCUUUUGAGUUCAACUGUCCCUGUAUCCCUGAAUAUAACUACUCCUAUGGGAUCAGUAUGCUGGUUAUUCCACCUAUAUGGUUCUUCCUUUUGGGUUUUGUACUGAACAACAAUGUCUCAAUGCUGGCGGAGGAGUUGAAACGGCCGAUAGGACAGCGGAGGAAGGACUCUACGGUCCUGCGCUACAUGUGUGUGUCCAUAUCCCAGCGAUCGCUGAUCGCUCCAGCGGUUUGGAUCUCAGUGACUCUAAUGGAUGGUAAAAGCUUUCUGUGUGCCUAUAGUAUGGACCUGCAAAUUUCCGAGUUUGGCAAAAAUGCAAGUGGAUAUGGACUGUCUCAUGAGGAACUUAUACGAACGCUGGCCAAAAUUCCAUGCAAGCAUAUAUAUGAUGGCCAACACAUUCUAUCGAGAGAUGCCGCGGUCAUAUACAUACGGUGUAUUUCACAGGCUUUUGGAUGGUUGUUCUUGUUGGUCAUCACAAUCGUUGCGUUUUUGAUCAGAGCCAUUCGGCCCUGCUUCAACCAGGGCGCCUUCCUCAAAACCAAAUACUGGUCUCACUACGUAGACACAGAGCGCAAGAUGUUUGAUGAGACUUGCACAGAACAUGGCAAAGGUUUCGCCAAGGUUCGCAUCAAGCAGUACUUUGAGGAUAUUAGCGGCGAGAUUCAGAGCUUCCAUGAUCAUUCACGUGGAGAUGAUAGUGAUGAUGACGACGAUAAACCCGAGACUGAAGACGACAAACUGUUGGGGAUUCGACGACAGGACACCAUGAACAAGCUCCUGUGGGACUGGCACAAGUGCAAACCUGGACUGAAUCUAAGAAAGUGUGGAGAUGCUCGCACUGGACAAAAUGGAGAUUGUAGCACGAAUGCUAACAAUAAUCAAGAUGGAGAUGACUGUGAUAACACUGACAGUAGUGUGGGGCAAAAAGGCUGCAAAAGUGGUUAUGUGAAUGAUGGCCUUGAUGUUGGCCAAAGCGAUUCGGACAGGGGAUGUGAUAAUCCUAGCUAUAGUGUGGACCAAAAUAUUUUUACAAAAAGACAUAGCAAUAGCACGAGCCAAAAUGGAUUAGUGAAUGGUGGCGUUCCUUCUUCAUGCAGUGAUCAAAAGAAAGCGUGUGCAGUGUAUUAUAGUAAGGUCUGAGUCUGAGAUAUAUCUUUGACAGGGACAAGAAAUCCUA